AUGCUGCACGCGCUGCCUUCAGCGCAAGGAGACAUCAUCAGCAGGUAUGUGACGUCAUCGCUGCAGCAGCGGCUAGCGCGCCCUUGCAGCCUGGGAUGGGCUAUCAUGCUGCACGCGCUGCCUUCAGCGCAAGGAGACAUCAUCAGCAGCGCAAGGAGACAUCAUCAGCAGGUAUGUGAUGUGACGUCAUCGCUGCAGCAGCGGCUAGCGCGCCCGCGCAGCCUGGGAUGGGCUAUCAUGCUGCACGCGCUGCCUUCAGCGCAAGGAGACAUCAUCAGCAGGUAUGUGACGUCAUCGCUGCAGCAGCGGCUAGCGCGCCCUCGCAGCCUGGGAUGGGCUAUCAUGCCGCACGCGCUGCCUUCAGCGCAAGGAGACAUCGUCAGCAGCAUAACAACCCACAGGAAUUACUACAAUGACUUGAAGGCCAAGCUGUCCAUGGACCCACGGGCUGUGAUCGGUGAUGAUCCGCUGUCGCAAGAUGACGAGAGCGUAUGGAAACAACACUUCUGUGAUAAUGAGCUCAAAGCUAUAAUAAUGCAGGACGUCGUCAGGACCUUCCCUGAUGAGUUAUACUUCCGUGACCAGGAUGUACAGGACAUGAUGGUCCGCAUCCUAUUCUUCUGGGCGCGGUCGCACGCGCACGUGGGUUACCGGCAAGGCAUGCACGAGAUCCUGGCGCCGGUGCUGUUUGAACUGUUCCAGGACAGGCGGUUUGCGCCCAGAGACGUGUGCGACGUUCUAAAAUGUUUUUUGGACGAUGACUACCUCGAGCAUGACAGUUACAUGCUUUUCAAUGCGGUUAUGAAGGGUCUAGAAAGAUUCUACUCCACAGGCGAUGUAGUUCCUUCGAAGUCUGGGCGGUUGCCUACUUCAAAAGUAGUUCAUAAUCCCAAUGAAGUGGUCAGAUAUUUAGAUAAAGUGAAGGAAGAGUUUUUAGUGCCUUUAGACCACGAGUUGGCAGCGCAUUUACACGAGUGUAAUAUUACUAUGGAGCUUUUUGGAAUUCGCUGGCUACGGCUGCUGUUCGGGCGAGAGUUCCCGCGCGGGGAAUUAGCCCAUUUGUGGGGCUUUUUAUUCGCGGACGGACCGGCGCUGCCCCAUCUACACUUCGUGGUCUUGGCUAUGCUCAUCUCCAUACGGACCACGCGUGAGUGA